UAAGUACACACUGUGUGUGUGUGUGUGUUUCAACAACUUGAUGGUGGAGUAAUAGCAGCAGCAACGAGAAAAUAAGUGUCGAGCUCAGCUGUGAAAAUGCAAUCCUUAUUUAUUCAGAACGGAAAGGAAACAGCAGAGCCUGUGAAAGCCCAAGUCAAAGGUUGUGUGCCCACAUGGCUACAGGGCACGCUGAUAAGGAAUGGGCCAGCUCUAUUUUCUCUGGGCGAUUCGGAGUACAACCACUGGUUUGAUGGGAUGUCUCUCAUUCACAGCUUCACGUUCAAAGACGGUGAGGUGUUCUACAGAAGCAAGUUCCUGAAGAGCCACACCUAUAAGAGAAACAUUAAGGCUGACCGGAUUGUUGUCUCCGAGUUCGGCACCAUGGUCUAUCCUGACCCCUGCAAAAACAUCUUCUCCAGAGCAUUCACACAUCUCAGCAAUGUCAUUCCUGACUUUACCGACAACAACAUGAUUAACAUCAUCCGCUACGGUCAGGACUACUACGCUUCCUCGGAGAUCAACUACAUUAACCAAAUUGAUCCGGUUACUUUGGACACAGUUGAAAGGAUCAACUACAGGAAUCAUAUUGCUGUCAACUUGGCAACGGCUCACCCUCACUAUGAUGAUGAAGGCAACACAUACAACAUGGGCACCACCAUCGUGGGUGUUGGUCCACCAAAGUAUGUCAUAUUUAAAGUCCCAGCUGAUACUUCAGGUUCCGGGCAGAAGAAACCUGCCCUUCGGCAGCUGCAACAGGUCUGCUCAUUUCCCGUUCGCUCCAUGUUCUUCCCGAGCUACUUCCACAGCUUCGGCAUGACUGAGAACUUCAUCGUAUUCGUGGAGCAACCGUUCAAAGUGGAUGUUGUCAAACUGGCAACUGCCUAUUUCCGCGGCAUAAACUGGGGAAACUGUCUCAAGUUCGACAAAGACGACGCUACCUUCUUUCACCUAUUCAAUCGGAGGACAGGAAAGAGGCUUUCAACUCGUUUCUAUGGGGAACCCCUGGUGGUCUUUCAUCACAUUAAUGCCUACGAGAGUGAGGACCACGUGGUGUUUGACCUCAUUACUUAUAAGGACGCCAAUCUUUACGAGAUGUUCUACAUGAAGAACCUGAGGAUGAAUACGAGUAGCUUCAUUGAGGCACACUCCAACUUGUCGCCGCCAGCGAGCCAGAGAUUUGUCCUACCGUUAAAUGUCAACAAGGACUCACCAAAAGGAGCCAACUUGGUGAGUCUGGCAAACACGACAGCUACGGCAGUCAUGAAGGAAGACGGUCAAGUCUUCUGCCAGCCGCAAACUCUGUUCCAAGGUCUGGAGUUGCCAAACAUCAACUACAAGUUUAAUGGCAAGAAGUAUAGAUACUUCUACGGCUCCAAAGUGGACUGGUCUCCGCAGCCCAACAAGAUCAUCAAGUUUGACACCGUGGCCAUGACCCAUGUGGAAUGGCAACAGGACAACUGCUACCCAUCAGAACCUGUGUUUGUGUCAUCACCGAAGGCUGUGGAUGAAGAUGAUGGAGUGAUCUUGUCAUCAGUCAUCUCUCCGGACCCCAACACUUCACCCUUCAUGCUUGUGCUCGAUGCCAAAACGUUGAAGGAGCUGGCUCGGGCCGCCAUUCCUGUCAGCGUUCACUUGGAUCUUCAUGGACUUUUCAUCCCCAACACCAACUGACAAAGUACUCAAACUUUAUACUUAGAAAGUCAUCUGUUUCAUCACAACCACUUGUGUUUUAGAAGUAAUGCUGCGUUAUUAAAUGUACUUGAGUCACCUCGUUACCAUCCAUGUAGUUUACUACUAAUAUCCCAAAAAAAAGGGCAGGUCAGGUAGCCAGGCCUCACCUUGCCCAUAGGAAAAGAAAACUGAAUUGGUAAUUUACAGAAUCAGACUCAGUAGUUGUGCGAACUUUACUUAAGGAGUAUUUACCAUCAUUGGUGUGCCAAACAGUUGGCCAGUGUCACCAAAAAGCUAAUAAGUUAAAAAAUACACACCAUAUUAGUAGUUUUUCAGAUUAGAGUAUUUUUGAAUGGCAUAAAAUGGUGGUUUUAUACUGGUACAAGACAAAAAAAAAAAAACAUGAACCAUUAGCGAAACAGAGCUUCACAGAAAGUCCUGUUUCACAGUCAAGUGGAUGCAUCACUUGUUAAAUCUUCACUCUGGAAUUUUUAAUAAAUGGGCAGCACUUUCACAUUC